ACCUGACAUUUUCGCGUUUGAAUUUGUUUGACAGCUUGGCGCAAAUUUCAUACUUGAAUUGGCUCUUUGUUUGAUAAUUUUAUUUGCAUUUAUAUACAUAUUUUGUGUUCUAUAAUAUUUGCGUUUAUAGAGUGAGAAUAUCAACAGUGUCAAUAUACAAAUAUACAAUCGAUGGCGCCUACCAAACACGCAAACGGAAGUGUGACUGCUGCAGCUCUGUCCACCUUUGGUGAAUCUACAAAUGAUUCGGCCACACAACAGGCGCUCAGCUAUGUGCGCGAUUUUUGUACACAUGCAACAAAUUACCGAAACCAGCAAACCAUUGAAUCAUUAGCGCUACUUAAUCGUUCCGCUUCAUUACUUAGCACAACUGUGCAUCCACAAUUGUUUAAUCCUUUGCAGUUGGAAACAUCGAAACUUUUCAUCGAUCUGCAUGCGGUAAUGGGCACUUUAGCUGCUGAUUCCGAUGCACUUUGGGCCUGCGUAGCAUUGUUGCAACAUUUAAGCCGUAAUUUGACAGCACGUCGCGCAUUAGUUGAGGAUUUUCGUUUCGUACCGCUUUUAUCUUUCGUGCUGAAACGUUCGCAUGGCCAAGAGAAGAUACAAAAAUUAUUAACGCUCAUACAAGAUCUAACAUAUGGCAUACAAAUAAGCUGGGAAGAACCAUAUUUAAUAGUGCUGCUCGAACAGCUGGUAAACUUAAUAUACCAAGCCACUGAGGAUAGUGAGGACACGCUGGCACAGUUGGCACUAUCUGUGCUAAUCAAUUUGUGCUAUAAAAAUUUUGUAGUAAUGUUUUUAUUCUUGCGCUCGGUAAAUAUUUCGAAUUUUACGAAACGCAUACAAAGCUUUGGCAUGUUGGCCAGUAAAAUGUUGAUAAUACUCAGUGAGGAUACCUAUACACCCAAUCAAAAGGAUCUGGAGAUAUUUAUACGUUCAACAUUUGCUACAGUUGAGGAAUGCAUCAAAAGUUGGAAUGUGCCAUAUUUACAGCAUUUAAUUGAAUUUCUAUUGGAUUCAAAAUCUCACACCUGUCUACAUCGCUCAAUGUUAAGCUAUACACAUUAUUGUGAAGAUGUGGAGCGGCUACUUAACCAAUUGGAGUCAUGUGGUCUGACAGAUGAGGCAGACGAGCAGGUGUCCAAACAACAGCACACAUGCCUGAGCUUAAUUUUCAGACUGAUACAUUAUGUACUAAUACUGAGCACAAUUCCUCAGAUUGAUGGUAAAGAAAAUGUAAUAAGUCUAGACUCAAAUGUUCCAAGAAUAUUUGAAUUACUUGGCAAGUGGCUUGAUUCCGAUAUAUGUGGCGUUGAUACUGUGCAUCUACUAAAUGGCCUAAUAACAAUGGUUCCCAAGGAGUCAAUACCAGCACGCAUUGCUCGUGAUCCCUCAUACAUCGUGCAAUUAAUUAGUACAUCAGAAAAAUCGGAGACCAGCGCCCGUCACAUAUCUGUAAUACUACAACUGCUGUCAUCGCUGCUACAUCACCCAAAGACGGAGAAGUUGGUUUUGUCACGUAUCACGGAGUCAUAUUUUGAUAAAAUGUUUGCACCGCUUAUCAGCAGUGGCCGUUCAGAUAUACCGUUGAAUGCAACAACACCAGAAGAGAUCGAAAAAUACACUUACUGUCUGCUAUUAUUGAUCAAUUUCGCUGGCGUCGCGAAGAAGGCAUAUUUUGAGAAAUGUUGCACGCUCUUGCAGUUUCCAACCAUACAAAAUGCAUUGGCACGUGCCAUGGUCGGUGGCAGUGAGGAGGUGUGCGGCGCCGUUUUUCAAAUUUCGCAAUUCGAACGUUUUCCCCAAACUGAAGUGGCAAAUCAAAUCUCCAAACUAACACCCUACAAAGGUGUUGCUGGCAAUACUAACGUCACUGCAGAGAGUGAUCAAUGGCAAAAGUUGAAUAUUAUAAUGAAAAGCCAUAAAACUUUUGUUGGCAAGGAAAUGGAAGAACGACUCAAUGCGCUAAUCGAAGUGAUAAGCAAUGCACAUCGUAACAAUCAAAUACAGAAUGUUGCAAUGUCACAGAUUAUUGAAUUGUUCAAUUAUAAAAGUGAAAUUUUUAGUUGUUCUGAGAGUUGCAUGCAAAGGCGUUUGGAAAUUGCUAGUGAAGAGAUAACAAAUUUAACACAACGCAUCAAUUUGCAAAAUGCAGAGUUGCAAAAAUAUGAAAUGAUGAAUUUCGAGCUGCACGUCAGUCAAGAGGGCUUACAAACACAAUGCCAAGAUUUAAAACAACAAAAAGACAAUCUGAAACAUAAUUUGGCGAGUUUAAUGAAAAAGUUAUCCGAACAAUCGGAGUCAUUGCAAAUAAGCGAAAAGCGCUUGACCGUUAAAGUCUCCGAAGUUAUAGUAUUGCAAAAGGAGAAUGGCGAGUUGAAGGAGGAUUUGGCAACAAAGACCAAGGAACUGGAGAAAAUGCAAACCAAUACCAGAGAAAAUGCAACGCGCAUAGAAAAGCUGAAGAAGUCGAUCGCUGCUUUCGAACUGGAUAUCAAAGAAAAAUCACGUCUCAUUGAAGAGCGUGAGCGCGAACUGAGCAAAACGUAUAAGCUAUACGAAGAGCAGAAGGACGCAAAGAAGAAAUCCGACGAUGUUAUAUCAGUGUUGGAGGCGCAAAUUCAGGACAAAAACGAGCAAAUACGCAAUUACGAAUUGGAGCUGAGUGAAACUGAAGAGUUACGCAAAACUAUUAUGAGUUUAAUGGAGAGCAAAAAACCAAAACGAAAAACGUAAAUCCAGGACUGGAAACUCUAUAGCAUGCUAACACAUUAAAAAAAAAGUAAAUUUUUAUUAAGUUUAGUAUUAUUAGAAAUAUUUAUUACUUUCUGUAUAGAAAGCACGGAGCGUGUGAGAGUCGUGAGAAAUUUUCGUUGUUAGAAAUUAUUUUACAAUAGUAGUUCAGCGCUUAUAUUACUAAGUACAUAUUUAGUUAACAUUUUAUUACAAUAAUAUACAUACAUACAUUACGUUUGCAUAUUUCGUUUUUUAAAUGUAAUAAUGAAUAUAUUUCAUUUACAUUUUGUUUAUACAUAACAUAUAAAUCUGUCAAAAUAAAUUUGAACAACCAUCUUAACAUGCAUA